UACAAAGUAAUGACAAAAAUCUCUUUCUAUUCAAUAUAUAUACUACACAACAAGGUUCAUUUUAAGGAAUAAUUUAGGGAAACAAAAUGAGUCCAUUUCAUGAGCAAAGCAGAGAGAGGCUUCUCUCGCAGCAGAAUAAUGAAUCCAACUGGUGUUUCCGCGGGGUCGCCAAGUUGUACGAGAUGGGACACUCUGAUCCUCGGAAGCUCUUCUUCGCCGUCAAGAUGGGAAUGGCUCUCUGUCUCUGCUCUGUCGUCAUAUUCCUCAAGGAGCCGCUGCAUAGUGCUAGUAAAUACUCUGUAUGGGGCAUCCUUACUGUCGUCGUGGUUUUCGAGUACUCCGUAGGAGCAACUUUGGUCAAAGGAUUUAACAGAGGGAUAGGCACAUUAUCAGCUGGAGGACUUGCGCUUGGCAUCGCAAGGCUCUCUGUUUUAUCAGGAGAGUUCGAGGAAGCCAUCAUCAUAAUCUGCAUUUUCCUUGCAGGUUUCAUUGCUAGUUAUACGAAACUCUACCCGGCCAUGAAGCCGUAUGAAUAUGCAUUCAGGGUGUUCUUGUUGACAUAUUGUAUUGUUCUUGUUUCGGGGAACAAUACAGGAGAUUUCUUCAGCACUGCCUACUACAGGUUUUUGUUUAUUGUUGUCGGUGCGACCACUUCUUUGGUUGUGAAUAUAUUCAUAUUUCCAAUAUGGGCCGGAGAAGAUCUCCAUAAACUGGUGGCCAAUAAUUUCAAAAGUGUGGCUAAUUCCCUAGAAGGAUGUGUUAAUGGCUACUUGCAAUGUGUGGAAUACGAGAGAGUACCCUCCAAGAUUCUCACGUACCAAACAUCUGAUGAUCCAUUAUAUAGUGGCUACAGGUCCGCUAUUCAAUCUACAAGCCAAGAAGAAUCACUGCUCGAGUUUGCCAUAUGGGAGCCUCCACAUGGACCUUACAAAACGUUUAACCAUCCAUGGAAAAACUAUGUCAAACUAAGUGGUGCAUUAAGGCAUUGUGCUUUCACAAUCAUGGCAAUACAUGGUUGCGUACUUUCAGAGAUACAGGCAGCUCCAGAGAAACGACAAGCUUUUCGUCAUGAGCUUCAAAGAGUUGGCAAUGAGGGAGAAAAAGUUCUGCGUUUGAUUGGAGACAAAGUGGAGAAAAUGGAGAAGCUAAGCCCGAGAGAGAUUCUAAAUGACGUUCAACGUGCAGCAGAGGAGUUACAGAUGAAGAUAGACAGUAAAUCCUACCUUCUUGUCAACUCAGAAAGCUGGGCGGCUACUAAAGAGCAAGCUGAAGCAGGAGAAGAAGAAGAAGAAGAAGAAGCUCACGAUACCAAAGUGAUCAAAUCCUUAAGUCAGAUUUGGGACACUAACAACAUCAGCAGCAACAAUCAGAAUCCAGCCAGUGGUAAUGAUGGAUCUCCAACAUGGAUGUCAACAGAGAGUAUGAUGUUAAGGAACCGAGAGACAUGGCCAAGCGUGUCCUUCAUUGGUGGUUCUGUGGUGAAUGAUACAGUAUAUAAAGUAUACGAAAGCGCGAGUUCUUUGUCUUUGGCUACGUUUGCUUCCCUUCUCAUAGAGUUUGUUGCAAGGCUAGAGAACCUUGUAAGCGCCUUUGAGGAGUUAAGCACAAAAGCAGAUUUCGAAGACCCCGUUCCUUUUAACGUGGUUGAUCAUGAGAGAUUAUGGACCAGACUCAGGAGACUUAGGAGAUACUUUAGCAGAAGCUAAGACUAAAUCCUGAGAGGAUCAUGUGGUAAAUGUUGUCUAAUUUUCUCAUAAUUUCAUUUGCUGUUUUCAUCUUCUAUUUGAUCAUCUGACUGGUAAUGAUUAUCUUUAGCUUUUUUCAUAGAUAAGUGCAUAGUAACAUUACCAUUCUAUACAAAACAAAAAGAGUUGUAGACUCAGCUUAGGGUUUAUUUCUGUAAUGCUUUUAUAGAUCGAUGCCGUGGUGAAGAAGUUAAUAAUUAUCGAAUACCUUGUAUUUAGUACGUUAAUUAUAGGGUUUUGUGUUUGCCAGUUCAAUUGUUUUGUUCCAGAUACUU